GAAGUGGUCCAAGAUCGGCCUGGCACUAGGCUGGCAGCGAGUGCAGUGGUGAAGACUUUUUCAUUCCAGUUUCAGAGAAUGUAAAGAGGAAGUAGAGCUCUUUACAGACAGCGUAGCUUUGAAGCAAUGAUGUGGCAGUCAUACACGUAGCUUUUUUCAACUUACCAAUGACGUGCCUGGCUUAGGUAGAAUAUUUGAGUACAGCUUGCUCUUGUCGUCUUGAGUAUUCCAGAUAUUAUGUCAACCAGGGAAAGACAUUGUAAAUAGGUCUACGAGUUGCUAUAUCUAUCAACUAUCAAGUACUAGUAUGUUCGAUCCGAAUGGCUUUGACUUCAGCUUCUGUGGCAGGAUGGACAGGGAAGCUGUCAUUGCAAUGCACAAGCGCGAAAAAGAUAGCAUAAAUGUUCAAUUUGCUUCGCGAGCUGGAGAAGAGAGAAGCUUGCUGACCACUCGAGUCGGAGUUGAGCAUCUAAAAGCGCCAGCCAAGUGCGAUUUGAGCAAGCUCAAGUCCUCGCACAAGAGGAUUUUCAUCGAUAGAUCUGAGCAAAGAACGCACUUUGGCUCAUACAUGGUACUGCGCACCAUUGUCGAUCCCUUCAAGAUCUUCGCCUUACAUACAGUAGUGGAAGAUGAGCUAGGUGGCGUGCUACGACUGUGCCUGUACAAUUUCGUUACGCCGCUGUUCGUGCAUGAAGACAUAUCCUGGGCGGUGCCGUUUGGUCAGAAGAUCGUCCUUCUGGAGCCGUGUGUAAAGUUCAGUGUUGGCGGCAUGACAGUGCUACGUUGUGAUAACCCUAGCCAUGUGGUGCUGUUGGAUGAUGCCGACCCUUUCCUGGCUGAUGUCAAUUGGCCAAGUAGGCCUGUGCCAAGGUACUACAAGUCGGGGGCGAUGGGCCAUGCAUCGUCGUUCAAGAACCGCGGGAAUGACCUGUUUCGCAAGGGCGCGUUCUGCGAGGCAGCGGCAAGCUAUUCCAAGGCUCUGGAAAGUCUGAGCGAUGAAAGCAGUGUGGAUGCUGGCGAACUGAAGACUACGGUGCUUAGCAACCGCAGUGAGACACUGCUCAAACUGGGACAUCACCGCUUUGCUCUACGAGAUGCCAACGCUGCGCUGACUCUGAACUCUCUGCAUGGCAAAUCCGUGCUGCGGAAAAUCCGGUCGCUCAUCGGAAUGCACUUGUUUGUGGAUGCGAGGGACGCCGUGCAUUCCGGCCUGAAGGUGUUCAAGGAGGGAGAUCUCUUGGCAGAGCUAUCCGCCUACAAGAAACAGCUAGACUUGAAACUGACCAGGCCGUCCAAGAUGGACGAGGAGGAUAUCAAUGUGUUGCUGGACUCAUGCGAUUGGCAGAAAAACCCAGAGAGUCGCCUCUUGUGGCCCGAGUACACUCGCAAGCUCAGGGUGAAGCGUUCAACAUUUGCCCAUGGCCGUGGCACGUUUGCUGCGGAGAGAAUCCAGCAGGGCGAGAUUGUGCUGCUGGAGAAGGCACUUACUGUGGUGUUUCCCAACGAAGUGAAGAAGGUUGUGGAACAGCCAGUAUCUUAUAGCGGAAUCCUGACCAGUUCCUUUCUCAAUGCAGCAGCUGAGAACAAGACGCUCAUAGAUGCAGAGAAGAUGGAGCUCAUUUAUCGUAUCUGUGUGCUUUCUUGCCACAUUCCUUCCAUCAAUAAGUCGCUGAGUGAGCUGGCCGGUUUGCCGGGUGGUCAACUGCAGGACUGGUACACACCGGACACGAUGCGUACGGAUCCCGUGCCGCUGCCGAUCUGUGUUGACAGCGUGGAAACGGUGUGCUCUCGCAAUGCACUGCGGCCAGACAACCUGCACACCAUCCGCAAGAGCCUAGCAAGUCCCGAGCCCGUCAAGCCUAGCAAGGAGCCGGACCCCAAAAAGUGGUCUCCCUUGGGAGCAAAGAGCAUUGGACUAUGGCGCAAAGCCGGUCUGAUCAACCACCGAUGCUCUCCUAAUUGCUCCCAAAUUCUCAUAGGUGACAUGCUGAUCCUUGUGGCGCUGCAAGACAUCAAAGCCAAUGACGAGCUCAGUAUCAACUAUGCGCCGAUUUGCGAUUCGUAUAGCCAGCGGCAGCUGACCAUUGAGAGGUUUGGUUUCAAGUGCGUGUGCAGGCGAUGUCGUCGGGAAGAAGCGCAUAGAGUCAAGUACGACCGGUCGGUGGACAAGUACUUUGUCCUGGAUAAGUCCUUGUCGACGCGUGAUUCCGACCUCGCCACCCUGUACACGUCUUGUCUGGCACUGCAGAAGUCCGUCAUCUCCAUCACGCAGGGCCGAAAGGAGUCCCUGCUCCUGGCCAGCGUCAAUGACCUGCUGCUGCGUAUCAGUACUCAGCGACGGCGACUGCAGGACACCACCAAGGCGGCCAUGUCGCAGCUACAGCCGCUGCUCUGCUUUGAGCACGACAUGCACCUGCUGCCUGUCUACCAGGCCGUGCCGUAUCUGCUGCGGGCGUGCGGUGCGCUGCUGAGCGCGGCCCGUCAGUCGUCGCUCACCGACAACGCCAAGGCAGACUUGCGACGCUCGGCGCGUGACUACGCCCAGCGGGGCAUACAGCUCGCCAGGCUCAUGCUCGGCCAUAGCAGCGAACUGGUCAAGUUUGUGUACGGAGAGGAGCUAUUCGCUAAGCUGAUGGCCGCUGGCUUUGCUGAGCGGCCAGUUACUGUCAGUGAAGUGGAUUGAACAGCAGUGGGGGAUAGUUGGGUUUCAAGGCUGGUGGCAAGUGCCUCCUGCUCUGUUUCUUCAUCAAGCCAAUCAGCAAGAUUUGCUGAUUUCUAUGAACUCCUUGAGGUGACAUUGGACGGCGGACUGUGUAACUACCGCUUACAUUCCACUUUUAGUUUCCUCUCUGUUGCUGGUAAGUCAAGGUGUUCCUGUGUAGUUUGCUCUGCUAAAUGCUUGAGUGAUUGUGUGUUUAUGUGUGUGUGUGUGUGUGUGUGUGUGUGCACGUGUGCCUGUAUGUGUGUGUGUGCUCUAUGUGUAACACUAACAGGGAGUAUUUUAGAGCACUUUUUAGAGACAUAGCUAGCGAAGAGAGGCAGGCCUCUCCUUUUUCUUUCUCUCAAGUUGAUUUUGAAAUAUUGAGUUGAAGUUUUGGUUUCAGGGCAAAUUAUUUUUCGUAUUUAUAAUAAAAGAAAUACUUUUACAAACUCCUUGCGUUGAUGACACUAUUCAAACUUUUCAGUGUGUGUGUGUGUGUGUGUGUGUGUGUGUGUCAGCUAGUUCGGUUGGUGGGUACACUUAUGCCUGACUGUGUUGGAUCUGUUGCCAACGGGCUCGGCUGCUUGAAGGUGUAUUGUUGCACCUGCCGCCUUUGUUGGUUCCAGGGUUCAUAUACUUUCUAUUUGAAGUAUGCAUACCUGUU